CUUUUUAACAGCACGGCCACCACACAUUCCAAUCGCCCUCACCAAGCAGCCAAAUCCAGUCUGGCCUUCCCUUUCUCACCAGACCAGAACCAGAAAAAGAGGCAACAAAAAUAAAAAAUCAAAGGAAUGAAAAACUCCAUUCCAUUAAUCCUUCCAUGGCCAAAGAAGAAUCUGACUGAAUAAUACCAUAUUCUCUUCUCUUCUCCUCUCUCCAUUUUCCCUUCUUCCUUGUACUAGUGAGUCAUGACUACCUCUUAUUUCUGCCUAUCUUCCACCAGAAACACCGCCACAGCCAAGGCUUUCUUCUUCCACAGAUACAGCUCUCCUUCUUCCCUCAUUUUCAGGCCACACCCAACUCUCCCAAAGCCACCUCUUUCCCUUCCAAGGCUCAAGAGUUGCAGAUUCACACCCCCUCUUGCUGCCCUGUCAUCUUUUGCAGAGGCUGAAGGGGAAGAAGGCCAGCAAAUCAAGGCCGAAAACCAUCGAUCCGAUGAGAAACCGGACGACGAAUCCCAAGGCAUGGCACAGGCCUUCCACAUAUCUUCCAGAACAGCUUCUGCCAUAUCAAUUUGCAUAGCAUUGGCUGCCUUAACUUUUCCCUUGUUUAUGAAGUCUUUGGGGCAGGGAUUGGUGCUGAAGACUAAGUUGUUGACCUAUGCCACUCUGCUGUUUGGCUUCUACAUGGCGUGGAAUAUUGGGGCCAAUGAUGUCGCCAAUGCCAUGGGGACUUCAGUGGGCUCAGGGGCUUUGACACUGAGGCAGGCUGUGAUUACUGCAGCUGUGUUGGAGUUCUCUGGGGCUCUGUUAUUGGGUACCCAUGUCACCAGUACAAUGCAGAAUGGAAUUCUUGUGGCUAAUGUCUUUCAAGGCAAGGAUACUUUGCUCUUUGCUGGCUUGCUCUCUUCUUUGGCUGCUGCUGGCUCUUGGCUGCAGGUUGCAUCGUAUUACGGAUGGCCAGUCUCUACGACACACUGUAUCAUCGGAUCCAUGGUCGGAUUUGGUCUUGCCUAUGGAGGAGCUGGCGCCGUCUUCUGGAGUUCACUAGCAAGGGUCAUUUCCUCAUGGGUGAUCUCACCCUUUAUUGGAGCAAUUGUUUCAUUUCUUGUCUACAAAUGCAUCCGCAGGUUUGUUUACAGUGCUACAAACCCUGGACAAGCAGCCGCUGCUGCAGCACCAGUUGCAGUUUUUUUGGGAGUUACGGGGAUCACAUUUGCAGCCUUCCCUCUUAGCAAGAGCUUCCCAGUGGCUCUGGCUCAGGCCUUGGCCUGCGGCACUGCUGGUGCAAUCCUCGUUUACAGAAUCAUCCAGGGACAGCUUGGUCACCUCCUUGUCAAAGACGACUCAGCACAAUCAGAGCCUAAGGAUGACACCGUCCACAGCAAAAGCAUCAGCUUCCUUACUGAUUUUGCAGGUCCCAAAGGUACCCAACUGGAGAUAGUUUAUGGGGUCUUCGGCUAUAUGCAAGUCUUGUCAGCUUGCUUCAUGUCAUUUGCCCAUGGUGGAAAUGACGUAUCCAAUGCUAUUGGCCCUCUGGCUGCUGCAUUAUCGAUCCUUCAGGGCAACACAGGUGGAGCUGAAAUUGUCAUUCCAACUGAUGUUCUGGCAUGGGGAGGUUUUGGAAUUGUUGCAGGUCUUACAAUGUGGGGGUACAGAGUGAUGGCAACAAUCGGGAAGAAGAUUACAGAACUAACACCAACUAGAGGAUUUGCAGCCGAGUUUGCAGCCGCUUCAGUGGUUCUUUUUGCAUCAAAGCUGGGGCUACCCAUCUCAGCUACCCAUACUCUGGUAGGUGCAGUCAUGGGAGUAGGUUUCGCCAGGGGAUUUAAUAAUGUUAGAGCUGAAACAGUCAAGGAGAUUGUGGCUUCUUGGGUUGUGACAAUACCAGUCGGUGGUAUCCUUGCCGUUCUCUACACAUGGAUCUUGACCAAGUUAUUGUCGUACAUACUGUAAGUGUAUAUUCCAAAAAUUGGAUGGCAGACCCUUCAAUGCAUGUGAUUAAUUAUAAAGUACCCAACGUUUUUGAAUUA